AUGCAGAAGUCUGAGUCAUUAGGUUCACUUAAUUUACCAACAAAUUCAGAAAAUUUAAUAUUAACAUCAACAUUUAAUCCAGCAUCGAAACCUAGUUCUUUUUCAAAAAUGACACGGCGCAUGGAUAUUAUUCCUACACCGAACAGACCAGAUAAAUUAUUACCAUCUACUAAAACUCAAUCCUGUAGUAAUGAGGACAGCUCAGUAAUGAAUACUGUUAUAGCUACCGAAAACAAUACUGCUUUCGAAGAUGAUCAUGUUUUGUGUCAUAAUCGACAAGAUACUUCAGUAAUACCGAAUUUAAUUCAUAAUCAAUCUCAUCAGAAAGAUCAUACAAGUGAUGAACAAGAAGAUGAUAAUCUAUUUGAUACAUUUAUUUGUGAGAACUUCGUUCCUUUUUCGGGAGCAGAACCCAUCGAUCAAUGGUUAGAUGAGACUGACGCCUUAUUUCAUCGCUUCAAGAUCUCACGUAAACUUCGUUUUCAAGCUAUACCUCUUUUAGUACAAGGCGAUGCGAAACGCAAAUAUAUCAAAAAUCGUCACGCCAUAAAAUCUUUUGAUGAUUUUUAUGAAUUUCUACUAACACAUUUCGAUUCAACUCCAGUAACAGUCAGUACUUCUAAACCUAGUCAAACUAAUCAUAAAGUUGAAUUUGCGAAAGAUUCUAUGUGCAUCAGUAAUAUAACAACAGAUUCUAAAUUAAAUGUUGCGAAUAUAACUGAUGCUACUCAGUUGUCACAGCCAUCCGUUUCUUCUUAUAGUAAGCUUGCUAUUGAUGAUACCACCACAACGAGUGGUGAUGUGUCAGACUCUAACUUAUCUGGAAAUACUUCAACAAUUAAUCGUUUACCAUCAGAUCCAGUGAUAACAGAUUUACGCAAAGCUAUCGUAGCAGAUUUUAUACGAAAUCCAAAGAUUUUUCGUGGUAAUAAGGACGACGUGACAAAAUGGUUAGAGGAUAUUGAUCAUUUGAUGCACAUUGCACAUGUUCCUGAUACGAAUCGGCUCGAUCUCAUUUCUUAUUCUUUAAGAGGAGAUGCUUGUCAAUGGUUUCGUAAUAACCAAUCAGUAUUAACUAGUUGGGAUAAAUUUGUUCAAGAAAUUAAAAAAGCUUUUACUUCGUCUUUUUCGGAAGAGCUAGCGUUUAAAACCCUUGAGUCAUAUACUCAAGGGGAGAAACAAUCUGUCCGUAAUUUUUUUAAUGAAGUUCUAAACUUAUGUAAGAAGGCUGAUCCUAAUAUGAGCGAGUCGACUAAAUUGAAAAAUUUAUUAAACAAAGUAAAGCCUAGCAUGCAACUAGAGAUACGCAAAAAAAAGCCAAAAACACCUGCUGAAUUUCUUGAGCAUGCAAAAGAAAUAGAAGAACUAUUACAGUUAUCUAACAUCAGUACAAAUACAACUAUUAGUUCUGCUUCUAAACCAAAAACUUUUUCUACGAGUGACAAUACUUCGAGUGCCACUUCCGUACAGUUUUCCAACAGUACUAACAGUAAUUAUCGUUCAAUACCACGAACUAGUUUUCGUGCUUAUCAAGGAUCAUCUAACUAUACAUCUGAUCCCAAUUAUGUAUCUAAACAGAAUCGAACACAGGCUUCUAACUCGAAUUAUUAUUAUCAGUCACCACGUCAUUCUUUAUCAACAAAUAAGUACAAUGAUAAUACAGGUAGUCGUAAGCAGAAAAAUAUACAACCACAUAAAAGUUUUGCACAACCUGAUAAUAAAGCGACUUCUCGCUCAGUUAAUGCAGUUUUUACAUCAACCUUACCACCUAAUCAUGAUGAUAAUCUUGACUCUCUUUCAACAGUAGUUUGUCAUCUCUGUAAUUCUAUGGGACAUGACGCUUCGUCAUGCCCAAAUUUUCAGUGA